AUGACUGCUCCUGACGCUAUCGCGCACCACGGCCCCUAUAUGCCGACGAGUGCGGUGAGUUCUGUGGAGCAGACUGCCAUGGACGACGAUGAUGUAUCGAAUGUUUUUGCCAACGAUGAGGAAGGAUGCGAUGGCGAUGAAGAGCCCCCGGUAACCAAGCGUCCGCGUCGACUAAACCCAAUUCAAGCUGAGCCACCAAAUCGAUCGGGGCUUUCCCACGACACACUUCGCUUGCUGGAAAAGAGCUUGACUGUGGAAAAGUUUCCAAACCCUCCGCCGUCGAUAUCCUCGUCUGCUUCGUCGAUGUCGUUCGUUGCAAGACGCCGUCGAAGCUUGGACACAUUAAUCGAACAAGCACAUAACGAACAACCUCCAGGUAACGACAUUCCAUCACUUCUGGUGAUGUUGGAGGAGCGUGCCCAAAACCUGCAAGAAGAGCGGGACGCACGGGAGCAACAACGGGAAGAUGAACGUCAACGCCUGCGCGAUGAACGGGAAGAACGAGACUAUCAACGUCAAAUUGUUCGAGAAGAGCGCGAGGAGCGCUUACGUCGUGAAGAGCAUGAACGCGAUCAAAAACAACGACGUGAGGACAACGAGAACAGAGUCCGCCAAGAACAAUUUCAAAUGGCUAUGAUGAUGAAGUUAUUUGGUGAUAACUCCAAGCGUCAAGAAUAA